GCAAUAAUUCGUCGACGAUUGUCAAAUGACGUAUCAAAAAGACACAUUCAUUACUCUAGCUAACGGGUUUUCUUGUGCUUUAAUAUUACAUUAACAGGUCAUUGUUUGUUCUGUGUGAAUCAAAAUAGUCUUCUGUAAAUAAAGUUGUUGUUGAUACAAGUGUGAUAUUCAGAUUUCAGACAUAUUUAAAGGAAUUUCGAACAUUUAGAUACAUUGGAAUUAUUUGAUUUUUAUGGUAUAAAGUGCACGAUAUUCAGUGAUUGGAAUAAGUUAUUAAGCGUCGUUGUACUGUGUAGGAUGUGACGGUCACGAGCGUGCCAUAGAAUGUCAGGAUCAUUCUGUCUGAUAUGCCUGUCCCUAAUCGUCUCAGCAGUAGUCCCUAAUGCAUGGUGCCAAAAUCAUGAUCAACAAAAUUCGUCCCGGCAGCGGAUAGUCGUGCCCGAGAAUCUGGAGGUACAGACCAUCAGUCCAGAUGACCCCCGGGCCAAGUUAAAGGGCCUUUGUAGAGUCGGCUGGUCGUCGGGAACUAUGAAAGACUUUUCUGGAAAAGAAAUUCCAAUCUGCUUGAAAAUAAAUCCAGAUGCCCUGACGUGGUCAGAGGCGCAACAGACUUGCAGAAAAGAUUAUGGUUUUCUGAUGAAGUUUGACUCCCACGCUACUAUUAACAAGGCCGACCUGUUGUCUUCGGUGAUAACAAAAGGUAUUACUAAAUUCUGGACAGGAAUGCAUACGGGAAACAAUCAUCUAAUUUGGGAUGAUCUUAUACCUAAUCAAGUCCGGCCGAACAAUAGUGGUAAUAUAACAACAACGCACGAAAGACCUUGGACCUGGGACGACAGCCUUGUUCCUAACAGACAAGAGUAUUGUGGUCAAAUGAACGUUGAAACAGAAGAUAAAAGGCGAAGAAAAAAGCGUUCAAGCGACGAUGAUUCAAACGACAAUUUUCCAAAUUUUGAAUCCACUAAUUUUCCAAAUCUUUAUGAAGGAUUUACCGGAUCAAAUAGUGAGUUCCCACCAACCAGAGCAUUUCAGACCAUUUUAGCUCGAACUCAAAUGUCUGACCAGCUAGCAGAGCUUCCUGAAGUUCUUGGACUCCAGAGCGAGCACCAAAUUCCAGGUUCCGGUAUCCCAGAUGCAAAUAUCCAAAAUGGAGGUCUCGCUACAGAUAUGCCAUCAUUUGGAACAACAUCUAAUUUCGAGCAACCAGAUUUUGAAACAAAUAACCAGUUUGGCAAUAAUGAUUCUAACAAUGGUGAUACUUCAAACACUGACUCUAAUGAUAAUCCGGAUAGCAAACCUUUACUUACUGCUGUGAAAGAUAUAGCUGCUACAAUCGGGUCAGGCGGUUUUCCUCCAGAACCUUCUCCUACAGAGGCUAUGGAAAAACUUCGAGAUCUACUAAAACAAAAUGAAGAAAAUAUGAAUUCCGAUAAUUCUGAUUCCGCAGCGAAGUCUGAUACACCUGACAACACGUUUGCAAGAGUUACCACUGUUGGCCCUCCCGUCACCAUCAAUGUAGGUGAUGAUAAUAGACAAGACGAUUUAAAUGUUGACAAAGUAGACGACAUCCCUAAAGUAGAUUCUGUAGAGCUAAAAAACGUCCCCACCAUCAAUGUGCAGAAAAAUGACAACGAUGAUAACUCAGCUAAAGUAGAUGGAACAGACAUAAAGGUAGCUGAUAUUAUCGCUCCAUUAAUGGAUGUAAGACCGCCAGAGACAAUUGUUAAAACCGUUGAAGAUAUCAUCGAUGAUAGUAAAGUUAUCACUGACACUCCUACCGAUGACAUUAACAAAGGAAUUGAAGCGGCCGAUUCUAAAGAUGAUUCAAACUUGAUUCCAUCUCUGGGAUUCGGAGAUCUUGCUGAUAUUGUAACAAAUAAUGCUGUCAAUGAAGGCAUUAAUCUAAAUAAUAUGAAAGACAAAAUUGAUACAGUUAAAGACGUUAUCGAUGAUUUACAUGAGAAUCAAGAUACAAUUAUGAAUGACAAACCACUCGUCAGUGAAUCAAUUGUCCCAGAUGACAUAGAUAAUAUGAAGGACAAAUUUGAUAAAGUGAAAGACGUUAUUGAUGAUUUAAAUGAAAAUCAAGAUACAAUCACGAAUGAAAAAACACUCAUAAGUGAAACAAUUGUCCCUGAUGAUUUAGAUAAGCCAAUAAUAGAAAAUUUAAACACGUUAAAUGAAGUUGAUGAUAUUAAUAACGUUUUGCCUGAUAUUGAAAAUGUCGCUGAUAGAACCUCAGACAUAGUUUCUGAGAUAGAAAAUUCUCCUAGUGAAAUAGUUGAUAUUGACAGUUUGAAUGAACAAAUAGAUGAUAUGAACACAAAUGACGGAAGUGACCGUGCAAAAGAUAACUUAGAUGAUGUCGUUUUAGAUAUGCCUCCAAUUGACAUCAAUAAAGAUGAACCGGAAAUUGAACCUGUAACAACUGAUGACAGUGUAUUUGAAUCAAUUCCAGAUGAUGUAAAGACAAUUUUUGAUGAAAUAAAUGACGAUCUAGAUAAACAAGAACCGACUGAACUCAGUGAGCUCAGAAAUGAUAAUGAAUUAAAAAAUGACAAAGAUAUUCAGGAACUUGUUUCGGAAACGUUAGACAUACCCGAGGAGAGUAUGACUUCUAUGGCCGGUCCGAUCAACGAUGAAACCAGAGAACAAGAGCAACAACCUGUGAAUUCCGACUUUAUCGACGAUAUUGUUAGCGAUAUUGACGAUGAUAAAGAAUCUGGAACCACAUUUGCACCUGAAGCAGAUAUGGAACCAAAGAAAGAAGAUUACUUUGACGACAUGAGUGAAAGACUUAAAAUAUCUGAUGAAACAAACGAAGACUUGAAAAAUAAUUUUGCGUCUACCGAAAAUCCUCUUGGGAUUUUAAAAGAAACAUUUGAUGAUUUACCAGAUUAUGAUUCUCCAUUUGAUACUGAAAAAGAUAAACAUGAAGAUACAGACUUCAAUACUGAUAAAGAUAUUGAUACUGAUACAGAUUUCAAUACUGAUGGCAUUGAAAAUACUGAUGACACGACAGGUGUUAGAGCUGAUGAUAUGAAAGAUGAUGGACAGACAAAACGAGACUUUGAUUGGUCGGAACUAGACAGAGAUUUUAAUGAUCAAGAAACAGUAAACGGGAACGAUGCGGUUGAAGUUGAUAAUAAUGAUGAUUAUUUAGAUUCGGCGAGUCCUAUGAAUCCACACCAAGAUGUAAUUAAUACGGAUAAUCAGGAGGAUACUGACGGACUUUAUGAAAAAGAUUACGACAUUAAUGAUCGAAAUAGUGAUAAAUUUGAAAAAGAUUUUGAAAUAAAUUAUGACAACAAUGACCUGUUUGAAAAUAACGAACCCGAAAAUAAUAAUAAUGAUGACAUAUCUGACAAUUUUGAAAAGGAGAACGACGCCAUUACAAAUGAUCAAGAUAUUAAUGAUAACGAACCAAACAAAAAUGAUAAUGAUAUGAAUGAGAAUGAAACACUUGAUGUGAUUAAUGUUGAUACAGACGACAGAUUAGAAACACCUGACAAUGAACCCGAUUUGGACGAUGUAACGAAACUUCCUGAUACUUAUUAUGAAGAUAAAGAAGAACAUGACCGUUUUGACGAAAUCCCUGAUCUGGCUGAAGAUGUCGUGGAAGAUGAUCGCAAGACACUUUCUUCUACAUGUGACAAUGGUUGGUAUGGACACGUGUUGUUAGACACGUGCUAUCAGAUUCUAGAUACGAGGCUGACUUAUAGAGAGGCUGAACUAGAGUGUAAAACGAAAAACGCCAGACUGGUUUUGGCGGGUAGCGAGUUCGAGCGGAAAUUUGUCCUCACUGCUGUGUCUAAAGAUGGAAAAUUAUUCAGAGGUGCCAAAUUUUGGAUGGAAUCACCCACUGACAAAAAGAACUGUAAUUAUUUCGACGAGAGAGGUGUGGCAACAAUGAGGAGUUGCAAUACCCAACUGAAUGUCGUCUGUGUCAAAGAUGCCAAGUCGUUGUCUGUGUACACGGUCAACAACCAACCGUUCUACAACGAAGGCGUCACGGGCUACUACGACAGCGCAGGCGCACUGACGAUGUUUUCGUCACGCAGGGGAGACAAUAAGAUUCCAUGCGAGCUAACAAGCUCAGCAUCCGAGUUUCCGGUUCUGUGGUUUAAAGACGGACUUCUUGUGGAAACAAAAGACACUUAUGUAUCGCCAGAUAUAUCGCUGUAUCUUAGUACCGAAUUAAUUUCAUCAAUAAACAUGGUGACUGACCGUAACCUAGCAACGCCUGCCCUUCAAGGUCAAUAUUGGUGUGAGGUCUGGGAUCGACAGACACUGACCAGGAAAAGAUCAAAACCAUUUAUUGUUCGAUACUCAGACGUCAUAUCAUUCCACGGUUCGAUGGAGUUGUCGUCCUUUUCUCACAAAGACGAAAUUCUGUUUAACAUGAUGAAUCAGAAGUUCCCUCAACUUGUUGCCAUAGAAACUGAUAUGAAGAAAGUGUUUAAAGACGUUUUACCAAUGAUACAAGCCCGUCUUCCCGAUGUUGUUGAUGUAUUUACAUACGUAGAUGGAAUUAGGUCAAUACCGAACGUGAUUGAGUACCACACAUAUUUCACGUUAAGCAGAAACUAUGACACCAUUGAUGAAGAUGUCGUGUACAAUAGGCUAAAAGCCGUUCUCCGGUCAAAGCUCGGAAACCGGAAUUACAUGGCGGAACUUCCGGGUCAUACACCACUAUCGUCGUUCAGGACAAUGUCACUGCAAAGCACUGUGGCCUGUCCUGCUGCAACUUUGCAGACGACAAGAGAUUUGUACGGCCACACGAUCCCGAAGAGAGUUUUCUCUUUUCCAAAAGCUCUCCUUGGAGAAUUUUCCAACAGUAUUGAUAAGUGUAGCAUUACAAACCGAUUGCCUUCUGGUACUGCCCGUUGCCUUGGUGAUUUCUACACCGGUGCUUACUGGGGAGAAGUUGUUGCGAACGAGUGUAUUGAGGAAGCUGACCUUGACCAGUUUAACAACGAGAUAUGGGGAGCGUCUCCGUAUACCGAAAAGCUUACUGAAAUGGCACAAGUAACGGUUGAUUCGAGAAACGUAGAGAAACUUGUAUCGGAAAUGGCGAAUAUCGCCAAGGUGGCGCCAAAAUUCACACCAACCGACAUUAACAAAAUAGCAGACGUUCUGGAUCAUACGACUCAAGUUCGUAAUUUACCACAAAAAGUUGGAGAGGAUGUGUUGAGGACAGUUGAUCGUUUAAUGGAGAGAAGUGAGAAGGAGUCGCACGUGGCUAACGUAGAGACUAAAGCUGCUAACAGGAUAAUAAAAUCUUUAGAGAGAUAUGCGGAGAAUGCGGACAUUGGCACAAAAGAUCAAAUGCGAUUUGUUUCCGAUAACGUCGUGGUCGAGAUCUGGAACCUCAACCCGACACUAAAACCGGUCAUUGGUUUGGCCGCCGAGAGCCAUGGAGCCGGUUUAGACAAGCCAUUUAAGACCGAGAGUAUUGCCACAGUUUACAACAAAUCACAUCUAUAUGACGCAAACGUAGACGCCGCCAUUGAACUUCCGGCGGAAGUGUUUGGCAUGAAGGAGAAAGGUGGUAUGACAAGUAAUCGUCUUACCAUGAUGGUAUUCCGAAAGAACAAAUUGUUCGAAGCUGCAAUUACAGACGGUGGCCGAAAAAUGAAUCCAUCCGAACAACAACUUACUAAUCUCAACAGUUACGUCAUUUCCGCUAGCAUUGCAGGGAAAAAGUUACAAGACCUUAAUGAAAAAGUCAAAACUAUCUUCAAGCCAAUCAAGAAUGUUGAAAGCGGAAGUCGCUGUGUAUGGUGGGAUUUUGACAUGAAUAAUUUCAAGGGAGGCUGGUCUAACAAAGGUUGUGUAUACGACGGUAAAGUGAAUGGUCGGGACGUGUGCCUGUGUGAUCAUCUUACAAACUUUGCUGUUCUCAUUGAUUUCUACGGCCAGGCUAAACCAAUACCCGACCACCACGAAUUAUCUCUCAGUAUCAUCACAGUGCUCGGUCUUAGUUGUUCAAUCCUUGGGUUAUCUCUUACCAUUAUUUCUUACGUUUUCUUUAGAAAACUUCGUCAAGGUCGCGCCCAGCAGUGCUUGUUCAACCUGUCCUUAUCACUGCUCCUGUCAAUGCUGGUAUUCCUGGUCGGAAUUAAACAAACACACAGUUACUUUGGCUGUAUAACUGUAGCCGUGCUUCUUCAUUACCUCAUUCUGGUCUCGUUCAUGUGGAUGUUGAUGGAAGCAAUACUGCAAUACCUUACAUUUGUCAAGAUACUAGGAACCUAUAUUACGCGAUUUACGUUGAAGACUGUACUUCCGGCCUGGG